AUGAGAAUGAUAAAGAAAAUGAAACAUUACAUAGUUCCUAUUGAGGGUAAAAAAUAUUAUGAAGAUAGGAGGCAGCAAGAUAGAGUGGAGUUAGCCAAUGGUCUUCGAUCCCUCUUCUCUCAACUUCAACAACAAAUUCCUCACACGUCUUUUGACCUUGGUGUGUUUGGCUCUUUAUUGCUUGAUGAUCACUCGGAGAAGGAUGCUAAUUUUCAAGAUAAUAUGGAAGGAAUGCUUCCACUUCAGUCUGCAUCUACAUCUAAUCAGGGGGUGAACCACAUGACUGAUGAACAAGAAGAAGAAGUCAUUGAAGACGAAGAUGAAGACUUAAUUUGAUCAUGCAUGAUUGACACUUAUGCUAGUCCAUUAUUGUCACUCCAUGGAGUUGUAUAAACUCUACUGUCUAUAUUUUCUUUAUUUUGUUAUAUAUAUUUAUAAGUAGUAUGUACAAUCUUAGACAUCAAGUUUAUUGCACUAUGUGAAUCUAAUUGGGGAUCAAAAUUUAUGUAGUUAUGGAUGCUAAUAUUUGCUUGAAUCUUUGAAGUUUAUUGUAAAAAUGUUUAUUA